GCAUAUACCACUAAGCUACUUCCAUAUUUUGGUGAUACACUGUACCCCUUAUUCUUAAUUGAAUCGCCAGUGAAUCAUGCACAUGACUCAUCAUCUCAUGUCACUAUUUCCUCUUGAUAUGAUACUUUCUUCCUUAACCAAAUCUCUACCUACAAAUGAAGUGUUUUGAAUAUCAUUAUGUAUUUGUAUUUGUAUGGAUUAAUAAAAUAAAUUAAAACAUACAUAUAUUCACAUCAAACUUUUCCGCACAUAUCUCCCCACUAAACUUCUGCAUUCAAUGCUGUGAACCACCCUUAUCAUUUCUAUUUUUCAAUUAUCAGCGAAUCAAGUCUCAAGUCCCCUUCGCUUCAACAAUAUUGAAUGCCGGAAGACAACCGAGAGCUCCGCCGCCGGAGACGAAAGAGAUGCUUAAUGUACCUCCUCCUCCUCGCCGUCUUCAAAAUCGGAAUCAUCCUCCUCCUAACCCUCACCCUCAUGAGAAUCCGUACCCCCAAGUUCCGCGUGAGCUCCGCCGCAUUCGGCGCCUUCACCUACUCCGCCGCCGCCGACCCCUCGUUCGACAUCACGCUCUACGCCGAGCUCGCCGUGAAGAACACCAACUUCGGCCGCUACAAGUUCGACUCCACCACCGUGUACUUUUCCUACGACGGCGCCGACGUGGGGUCCGCGCUGGUCCCUGGGUGGACCGCGAGGGCACGCUCGACCCGGAAGAUCAGGGUUCAGGUGGUGAUAGAAAUCUUUCAUCCUAAACCUAAACCAAUUGAUGAUACGAGGAGGCGCAUGAAGGUGGAGCUGUCAUCGGCCGGGUUGGCAGACCGGGUUCAGGUGAAGCGCGAUUUGGAGGCGGGGGUGCUUCCGCUGAAUAGCCGGGCGGCGGUGAAUGGGGAGGUGGAGGUGUUGCGGGUGUUUAAGAGGAAGAAGACGGCGGAGAUGGAUUGUUUUCUUGCCAUUAAUUUGGUUGAGAGAAGUACUGGAUAUUUGAGCUGCCAGUAGCUAUACACUAUACUAUACAUUAAUUAUUUAUGGAGUUGGUGUAUAUGUGUGUUAAUUUAUGUUUCUACAAUAAAGUUUUAAGUGCUUUCUUAUUGGAAAAUUCUUGAUGUUUUUGUCUAGCCAAUUGUGAUUGCGGAAUUUGUUGUGUCAUUUAUUAUUAAAAUAAAAUAUUGAUCAAAAUUGUGGAUUGUGUAA